AUGGCGUUCUCGCGACACUUAGGGGCUGUCAAGAGACAGCUGGAGGCGUAUGUGCGGCAGCGCAAUGACGAGGACGGGCGAACCGCAUGCUCAGGACUGUCACCAAAGGAUGUAGACACAGAUUCGUUCCUCAUGUUUCUUGGGCGGUCUCACCCCCACAUCGUUCGCCUGAGGCGCCGACUGCUGGACAAGUUGCUCGAGACAGCCAAGACAGAACUAUGUAAGGACCCGAGUGGACCUGCCUCCGUGUCGUCGGGCGUCUUUCCGGCUUCGGGAAACUUGCCUUCUUCCGUUUCGCCCUAUUCACAGGAAAACCAGAAAGCGGCUGCGAAGCCACAAAAAACCUGUGGCAGAACUGAUGCGAAGAGAACCGAUGGCACUCUUGCCGCCUCUUCAGCUGUCGGGACAGCGGGAGGCGACGCGAUGAGUGGGGACGAUGACUCCGAUAGUCAGACGCCUCGGAUGGACAACGCAGACGCCUCCUUCCGUUCCUCGGAACCCAUCUCAGGCGUUGAGGUGAUCCACGAUGACGACAGUUCCGAAAGCGACACAAUCGCGGAAAGCCGAAACCGCACUCUUCUGCAAGAACACCCAUCUCCAGGGGAGAUACACCCGACGAGAGCUUCGCUGGCGAAGGGUGCUCCCGUUCCUUCAGGCAUCCGUCCGGGCAAGCGCGAACGAAUGACGAUCCUCAGCGAUAAGGGAGAGAAGCAAGUCGAAGAUGGCGAGGACGGAGAGAGACGCAAGGCGGCCUUCCCUGUCUCCCGUGCGUCUCUCUCGAGCUCCACUGGUCGUGAGCGUCUGCCGCUAAACACGUCGCUGAAUUCUCUGUAUCGCUUCCACGCGCUGGAGAGUCAAAAGGUCGGUGGCCGGCAAGAAGAAGAAACUGUCGGACCUCAGAGGCUUGGAGACCGGCGCGAAACAGCGCGACGAGACCCUUGCGGCACCGACAGAGGUAAGGGCGACUACUCUAGUGGCGCAGCGCUAACAGCAAGGAACCCAGGUCCGUCUGAAGCAGAUACGAAGAAACGAAAGAGACGGCGCUCUCCCUCUCGGCGUUCUUCUUUCUCUUCGCCCUCUGCGUCGCAUCCCGGCGACGUGGCUCCGGCGCCUCCUCCAGAGGAUCGACUGCGAAACUGUGCAGGUCUGUCAGAGGGUCUACGUCACCAGAUUGAAGAGUCGGUGCUUUUGCCUCUUCUGCUCAAUUCUGUCUUCGAGAGGAAGCCAGGAAAUGCAGCAAAGAGCCACACCACCGAGGAGACACGCGAGAGCACCCCCACGGCGGAUACUAAAAACGACGUGGAAGAGAGCCUCUUGUUGGCAGAAGAAGAGCUGAUGCGCGGGGGUAACGAUGCCAUCGGCCCACACCCUCGUGAAGAAGAGAAGCGGUCUGGAGCUCAGCCGUCGUUCUCUUCCUCCGACGUGUACAGCGGUCUCCACUUUUCUCGCGGUGUUGUUAUUCACGGACCCGCCGGUGUCGGGAAGACGAAGCUGGCCUUUGCGAUAGCAGGCGAGCUCAGCCGUCUUCGCAGCUUUUCUUUCUUCCCAGUUUCACUUUCUUCGCUCAUCCAGAACCUCCCGCCGUUCCUCUCGAACUCGCCUUCCUCGAACGCGCACGACGCUUCUCGCUCUGCUGCGGCCGCUUCCGGGGCUGCCGCCUCAUCUCCUUCCUUCGCCUCUUCGUCCUUUUCUCCCGCUGUCCAGUCGGGACCAUUGAUGCCGGCAAGUGGUGAAGAAGUGCUCUCGCUGAUGUUUGAGAGUGCGAAGAACCACGCGCCGUCGCUGCUCCUCCUUGAAGACAUCGCCGUUCUGUCAUCUCGGAAAGGAGCUAAAGGGAGAGAGAAUCGAGAAGGAGGCGGCGGCGGAAAUGGAGACGAGGAGACCGAUAGUCCUCUGAUACGCGCUCUGGCACGAGAAAUGGACGGCCUCACGGGCUUCGAUGUCAUGGUUCUGGCCACAUGCAACCACAUUGACAGUCUCGACUCGUCUCUCCGACGCAGCGGGCGAUUCGACGCCGAAAUCAGCAUCCCGCUCCCAGGCUUUAAUGAACGACGGGAAAUCCUUCAGGCGCUCACCCGCUCGCUGUCUUUUUCUCCCAGCGUGGACUUGAAUGCGCUGGCAGACCGCACUGUGGGGUAUGUCGCUGCGGACCUCCAUAGCCUCGUGAAGGAGACAGUCUACCACGCCGUAAUGCGGAGUGUUGGCAGGCGCCGAAUAGAAAAAGACCAGGACACUGCGGGGACAAGUGGGUGGGGAAGGAGCGACGGAGACUCCCAGCGACAACCGAAAGAAGAGCCGCAAAUGGGAGAGGCGACAGGAGGGACGACGGAGAAGACAGGCGAAGCUGCAGAGAUACCAGUAGAGCUGUCGCAUGGACAUCCUGACUACAGUGGUUCCAGUGGGAUCAAUCCGGCGGAGGCGGGGACUGGAGAGGGAAAGAAUGAGACAGGCGAAGACGUCAGAAAACUACAGCAUGGACGAAGUGUGAAAACGGAUUCUGCGACGUCUUUACACGACACGUCGCCUUCUUUCUGGUCUUUUCCGACAUUUGAUAAAGUCUGGAAAGAGACCUUUUCGGUCCAGCAAGAAGACCCGACUUCGCUGCUUCCACGUCAAAAUGCUGUUAGUGGUCCAGCCAGCCACGACGCAAGAGAAAUGCUUGCUUCUUCGCCUGCGUCUGAAUCUUCCGGUGACUCUUUUCUCCUUUCUAGGGCCGCCAACACUGUGUCGAACCUCGAGUUGAUAGGGGAGGACUUUACGCAGGCACUGAUUUCCUUUACUCCUUCGUACAAGAAGACGGGAGCGUUUUUGCCGCGCCCUAAUGUGCGCUGGAAUGAGGUUGGCGGCCUCAGUGAGGCCAAGAAGGAAGUGGAGGAACGGAUUCUUUUCCCUCUCACUUUUGCGGAUUUUUACGGCCGUAUGGGGGUUCGGAAACCUACAGGAAUUCUGCUGUACGGACCUCCAGGGUGCGGGAAGACAUUUCUCGCCAAGGCCCUUGCAAACGCAUGUCAGGCGAACUUCAUUGCUGUCAAAGGGCCUGAACUUCUGUCGAAGUAUGUUGGUGACAGUGAAGCAGCUCUGCGGCGUCUCUUCAGUCGAGCUUCGUUUUUCUCUCCGUCGCUGAUUUUCUUUGACGAAAUUGACGCUCUCUGCGGCAGUCGAAGCACGGGGGGAAAGGGAGAAGGCGGCAACAAAGUGGAGGAGCGGGUGAUCGCUCAGCUGCUUACAGAGCUCGACGGCAUCAAUGAUCGUGGCAAAGUUUAUGUUGUAGCAGCGACAAAUCGCCCGGAUAUUCUCGAUCCUGCCCUUCUACGACCUGGCCGACUGGAAGUUCGAGUUUACGUCCACCUCCCGGACCAGCAAGAACGCGCAGAAAUCCUUCGGAAGGGCUGGCGCAGAUUACGAAGGGAACAGAGAGAGGAAAGAGCAAAGAGGCUUCACCUGUCAGCAGAGGGGGGCAAAGCGGAACGCGAACUUGGAGAAAAUGACGAGAUGGAAGAGAAGGAUCUCGAUUUCGAGGCUCUGGCCCGCGUGACUGACAGAUUCAGCGGAGCCGACUUGGAUGCGGUGUUACGAGAAGCGACCUUGCUGAUGAUACAAGAAGAGAGACAAGCGUUCAUCCGUGCUCUGCAUCUGUCGCUGAAUGAGGAGCAGACUUCUGGCUUCGAUCCCCUGCAGUUGUCGUUGUCGUCAGGAAGCACUCAGUCUCUCGGACAACCGGAAGAAAGUCGGCGGGCGACGGAUAUGGCAGGGCAGAAGACCGAGGAGAGGAGAAAAGGAGAUAAAGGUAUCAACUGGUCUGAAGAAGACCAGCGCGGAGUUCUCAGACGAACAGAUUCAUUCUAUGCCUCAGCAAACGCGGGGCACUUGUGUGUAAAGCAGUGCCACCUACUCGAGGCUGCCGGGAGGAUUACUCCGUCGGUGACACCAGAGCAAGUGCGGUUCUACGAAGACUACAGAGAGAGACUUAGAGAGAAAUAAGAGGUGGAUUUUGCUAGUCCAGAGG